UCGGGCAGCGCGGAGCGUCCUUAAGAGCUGCUGCGAGCCGCUCUGAACGCGGCGCUGCUUUGCGCAGCCCGGGCUCCUGCAAAAACACCUCCGGUCCUGCGGUGAGCCGUGGGACGACACGUGGAGGCGACUUCACCUUGGCGGGGCCUUUCCAGCAAGCUGUGAGCCUGGAAACAGAUGUCAUCCUGAGAGGAGCAGCCCUUGAGCUGCUCUUCGUCUCCUCUGCCUCUUCUCUUUCGCUUGAGCAUUUGAUCACACUUUGGCUGGCACGGUAAGAACGAGGUACUGCUUGGACAACAGCAUUCUGAACACUACUUUUUCAUCUAUUUUUCAGUAAGAGACGUACUUCAGAACUUGUGGUACAGAUUUUGAAGGCUACUGACAUACUCCUGUUACUGCCCGGUUCCUUUUAGUGUCAUGCACACGAUCCCAUUGAAAUGGAUCUUUUUCUUUCUUCUCAUAUUUUCUGCUGUAACCAUGUGGUACAUUACUUUUUCUUCAAACGCUGUGGUUGAGCACGUGAACAGCAUGUAUUUCUAUGAGUAUGAACCGGUGUACAAGCAAGCCUACCUCUUCACGUCGCGUCAACACUUGAAAUGCAAAGACAUAAAUCCAUUUCUGGUCAUCUUGGUGUCUUCGAGACCUAAGGACGUGAAGUCAAGGCAAGCCAUAAGGAUAACAUGGGGAUCUGAAAGCUUCUGGUGGGGACAUCGAGUUCUAACCCUGUUCUUACUGGGUCAGGAAACGGAAACAGAGGACAGUUCUGCAGCACUGUCAGUGGAAGAUGAAAUCAUUCUCUAUGGUGACAUAAUUCGCCAGGAUUUUGUGGACACUUACAACAAUCUUACCUUGAAAACAAUCAUGGCGUUCAGAUGGGUGUCUGAGUUCUGUUCUAAUGCUAGAUUCAUCAUGAAGACGGACACCGAUGUCUUCAUCAACACUGGUAACUUAGUGAAGUUUCUUCUGCAGUUCAACUCCUCAGAAAGCAUUUUUACAGGUUACCCUCUCAUAGAUAACGUUGCCUACAGAGGCUUUUACCAAAAAACAUACAUUUCUUAUGAUGAAUAUCCAUUCAAGUUUUAUCCUCCAUACUGCAGUGGGAUGGGUUACGUACUGGAUGGAAAACUGGCUCUGAGGAUUUAUGAACUGAUGGGUCAUAUCAAACCUAUAAAGUUUGAGGAUGUUUAUGUGGGAAUUUGCUUAAAUAUACUCAAGGUGACCAUCAGUAUUCCAGAAGGUAAUCAACAAUUCUUUAUUGAUAAAAUUAAUUUCGAUAUCUGUAAAUACCGACGCUUGAUUGCAGUGCAUGGCAUCACGCCAAGUGAAAUGAUCAGGUUCUGGAAGGAUUUGUCAUCCGUCAUUUCAGUGACUUGCCUUUGAUUCUGUACUGACGUAUGGAUAAAUGCACACUUGUAUCACCUGAAACUUUGAAUUCCAGUGUAAAAAUGUUGAAGUACGGGGAGCAUGGAACAAAGACAGAUGUUGAGAUGACAUUGAUUGAAAGCCAGCUGUGCUGCAGCAGCAGAACUGUGAGGGCAGCAUUCCUCUGGGAUCCUCUGAGGCUCCUGGUGCCUUUAUUUAGGAACUGACACAUUUCCAUGUGCCUAUCCUAAGCACAGAGGGUACUUGGAAUGCGCUGCACUGUCUUGCUUUGACCCUUCUCUGUGCACUCUGCUGUAACCAAGGGAUGUCUGCCCACAUCUCCUGGAAUUCAUGAUGAAGUGUCACUGAAGAAUAAUGUUUAUGUCAAGAAAUGAGCCCGGAAGAUGCUUCUCAAUCACUGCUUAAUGAUAUUUCUUUUGGUCCUUCUGUGAACUGCGUGAUCCUUUGCCAUCCUCAAGUUAGUUGUUCUCUGCACAGUGCAAAACUUGCAGCUACCUUCUUAUUUAGAUGUAUCAGCUCUGUCCUGGGAGCUUUACAUCUUCUCAUUUAAACAGUGUUCGGAUGUAUGUAUGUUUAUAGUCUGUGUUCAAGCGUAAGCUUAUUUGUGUACAUGCAAAAUAGAAUCGCUGUGAUGUCUGUCAGGUAGGACUGCUGAUGCUCGCAGGCCGUUGCAGGGCUAGAUGCAGAAGAGCCCGCGUGCAGUUCAGGUAGGAGCUGCCCCGUGUGGUGGUGCUGUAGGAUAACACUGGUGUGGGUGCUGAUGCACCCCGAGUUGUUGUAGCUGCACUGGGAAGAUUCAGACAGAUGUGCUUAAGCUGUGACUUCAAACCCAUUUCAAAACAGUUUUCUUGCUUAAAAUUUUAAAGUGAAAACAAGAAUGUCAUUCUAGGCUUCUCAUGUCUUAAGGAAGACAAACGUGACUGUAUCUGUAAAGAUGGGUAUUUUAACCACUUUAUUCAUACCAGCAAGGCCAAGGUUUCAGUAGUUUACACUUUUAAUUGACAGCAAUACAGAAUUUGCAAUUGCAUGAACAAUUAUCCUAGACACAUCUAAUACACAGUGAAGAUACUGUAGUUACAUCCUGUACAUCUAGAAUGACAGAGCACUGCCACCUUUUGUUCUCCAGCUAACGUUACGACGUAUUUACAUUUGGCUGUCUUUCAGAUAGUCUCUUAGAGACAAAUUAGAAGAGGUGCAGAAACCUCCAGUACCCAGGCUGAGGUUUCACCAAUGCUUUUGUUACGUUGUGGUAAUGGUCAGUAUUGACUUCUGUCUUUUCUGUAACUGUACAUGGUUUUACAGUGGAGUUAUAGGACAUUACUUUUUGAAAUACAAAAAUGAUGUCUCGGAGAGAAUAUUGUCUAGACAAGUACUUCAGACUUCAGUGUUCUAAGAAUGUUUGCCAAGAAGGUCAAAGUUUUUCAAGAUUGGAGUUUGUUGCUGCUGUUAAACUAAUAGCUAAAGAUACAGUAUUGCACAACUGAGGAAAGAAUGCCGGAUGGCUCCUGAAGCAGAGGAAGCUGCAGCUGUUCCUCUGGGUUUGGGCUCCAUGGUUGGUAGCACUGCGCUCAGCUCCAGGGAGCUCUGUUAGCAAUGUGAACUGUUUGUUGGUUGUUUCUAUGUGGAAAUAAAAAAGCCUUCUUGUUUUGCUUUUAAACCUGCCAUGUUACAUGCUUAGAAAUAAAUGGUUUCUCACAAGA